AUAAUAUGUCAAAGUACGUAGACCUGACAAAAUUGUCAACAACAUAUGCGAAGCGUAUGAAUCUUCUUUCAAACAAAAUAUUCGGUGAAGUGUUUCGUCCCACGAAUCGGAAGUCCAUGAAAGUCGUCAAAAUAUUCAGUGAGAAGCCCAUACACAAACGUGAGGAAAUCGUCCAAUACUAUCCACGACAUCCGCAGAUCGGAUGGCUUAUGAGGAACCUUCGUCUAUACGGUCUUUUCCGGGAUGAACAUUUAGAUUGGAAAGAAGAAAUCGAAAGACAGAGAGUUCUCAAAGGUAAAAAACCACGUGUCAAAAAGUCUCUACGUGAAAAGUAAUCUUAGCAAUUAUUUUACAAAAUAAAUUGUAUUAAAAUUUAUAGAUAUUGUAAUAAAUUUAUUUGUUAUUAAA